CUAACUAUGUUGGUCUCAUCUAUAUAUACCAUCUAUUCCUGCAUCUCAACCUCAACCCAACAUUAAUUCAUCUGUCUGAAUUUCAUUACUGCCACCAUGGUUCUACUUAACUACAGCCUUUUCUCAUCGUCAAUUCUCCUCUUCAUCGUCCCAUUCCUCUUCAUCCUUAUCUCCGGUCUUCAUUUGGGUAAGAAGUCGUCCUCAUCUCCGGUGAGUAAGCUGCCGAGAUCUUACCCACUUAUCGGCUCUGCAUUUGCCAUCUUCAAGAAUCGGAAACGACGAAACCAAUGGUUUGCAGAGCUUAUGAGAGACUCCCCCACUGGAACCUUUGUUCUUCAUCGCUUUUUUGGUGUUCGUCAUGUCUUAACUGCCAACCCCUCUAAUGUCCAACACAUCCUCAAAACCAAGUUCCAUCUCUACCCGAAAGGCCACACGGCUCGAGUCAACCUCUCCGAUUUAAUGGGUGAUGGAAUCUUCAACGCCGACGGGGAUAACUGGAAGUUUCAGAGGCAAGUCUCAGGCCACGAGUUCAGCACGAGGUCUCUCCGGAAGUUCGUCGAGACUGUUGUCGAGGCUGAACUCUCCGACCGUCUAGUUCCCAUCCUCUCAAAAGCUGCUGCCGAGAAUUCUGUUCUCGAUCUGGAAGAUAUACUUCAACGGUUUACCUUCGAUAACAUUUGCAAGAUUGCCUUUGGGUUCGACCCACAAUACUUGUUGCCAUCGCUCCCAGCCACAGAAUUCGCCGUUGCGUUCGAUAACGCCGUUCGGAUUACCAGCGAACGUAUGUACUCAAUAUUUCCGGCUACCUGGAAGCUGAAAAGAGCACUUAAUAUUGGAUCAGAAAAACAGCUACGGAUUUCCGUCUCGCAAGUACGAGAAUUUGCACAGAAUAUAGUGAGAGAGAAAACAAGGGAACUUGAACAGAAGUCUUCGUUAGAAACUGUGGAUCUUCUCUCAAGAAUCUUGAGUUCUGGCCAUCUGGAUGAGAAGUUCGUGACGGACAUGGUGAUCAGCUUCAUUUUAGCCGGUCGAGACACGACGUCAGCGGCAUUGACGUGGUUUUUCUGGUUAGUCUCCAAUGAUUCUCACGUAGAAGAAGAGAUACUAAAGGAGAUAAGAGAUAAACCCGAAAUAUCAGUGUACGACGAGGCCAAGGACAUGGUUUACAUUCAGGCGUCGCUCUGUGAAAGCAUGAGACUAUACCCACCGGUACCCAGUGACACCAAAGAGGCGGCCAUGGACGAUGUUUUGCCAGAUGGCACGAUAGUGAGGAAAGGAACGAGAGUAAUCUACCUCCCUUACGCGAUGGGUAGGAUGGAGGGAUUGUGGGGCUCAGACUGGAGGGAGUUCAAGCCUGAGAGGUGGCUGGAGAGGGAUGAACUCACCGGAAAAUGGAGCUUCAUGAACAGAGAUCCCUAUACGUACCCAGUGUUCCAAGCUGGGCCGAGGAUAUGUUUAGGGAAGGAGAUGGCGGUUUUGCAGAUGAAGAGGGUGGCUGCCGGUCUUCUGCGACGGUUCCGGAUGGUGCCAGCUGGGGAGAAAGAACCAUUCUAUAUAUCGACGUUGACUUCGAAGAUGAAAGGAGGUUUUCCGGUGAGGAUUGAAGAAAGAAAAGGCAGUUAAUCUCGUCAUUUGUCACUACUUGCAGAAGUCGGUGUGAAUUGUAAGAGACAUUUCAUUUUAAAUCUUGGCUUUGACCAGAAUGAAUCCACCAUUGCUAGAAUCGUAAUUUUAUGUUUGUAACUUAAAUAAUAAUUACAUUUAGGCUUUGUAUCAUGGAUCAAAAUUAGCGACCACUUGAUUCAAUAUUAAUGGGCAAUUCUCAAUCUGGAUCACCUGGUUUCUGAACAUUGAUCCCAUAUAUUUACAAAUCAUUGUUUCGACUUUGAAGAAA